GCUUUGCGCGUUGCGCGCGCAUAGCAUCUGCCCAACCGACCGAUUAUGGCGGACAGACAGUGAAUAAUGUUUGCCGUCUUUUCUAAAUCGGAGAAUAUCGACACUAGCCAAUGGCAUAAACCGGGUUUUUUGUAAAAAUUGUACAUUGUAAAUAGUUCUAUGUACAUAUAGUAAUUAUAUUUGUGCUCGUUUUGUUUAGAAAUUUGUGUGAAUAGUGUAUUAUUUGAGUGUUUAUUCAGUUUAUUUUUCGACGCCGACAAAUCUAAAUUUCGAAGUUAGUACGUUAGAAGAUAUACAUAUUUACCUCAAAAUAAAAUAAACUUGUAAAUUUUACUGGGUAUAGAACAUCAAUCACUAUUUAGACCUUUGUGUUUCCAACCGUCAAGGAGACCGAUGCUGUUCUUGCAUUAUUUUGGUUUUCAAUAGCGGCUGUCAUCGUGUUUCGAUAAAACUAGUAACUGUCAUUAUACAAAGACAAAAAGCCUGCUACAGUCCCUAAAUGGCUUUGCUAUUGAGAUCUAUUCAUUUUAAAUAGCCCAUAUGAUCAUGUGAAUCGAUUUUACAUUACAUUUGGCCGGAAAUUAUAUUAGAAGUACCUAGUGUUAAACAACUACAAAGAGAACAAGUCAUUAUUUACCAUUGCGAAGGAUCGAAGUGUAUUGGAGCUGAAUGCUCGAACCUCACGGUAGUCCAAUGAAGUGGCCGGGUUCGGGAGGUGAAGAAGAGGCGGGUGAAGCAGGGUUACAAAGCGCUCGUGCCUCUCAGGCUCGUAGUCAAGACGAUGUCGCCGUGCAUUAUGUUUUCCAACGAGAUUCCCAAGAGGAAUUGCCGUCUUUAACUCCCAAACAACGCUGGGCAGUUGGUGACGAUACUAUUACGGAGAACCAAGAUAAAUGGAAGAAUACUACACCUAUUACAAUGAAUAAUAUGCAUCAGCAAGGUCAAGCAGUGCAAGUUAAAAAUAAUCAAACAAACCAACCACAAUUCAUCAACCAAGCUAUCGCCUCAUCUGUUGGCACAUUGGCUAUCAACCCUUCAGUAAUUGGUAGCCAUCCUGCUCAUUUAACUACUAACAUGGUACAUACACAGAUUGCUCCGAUGCAGAAUCACACAAUGAGAAGCAAUGCCAUGAUGUUACCACCUUUACAAGGUAUACAGAAUGCUCCCCAAUGUGGUCAGCAAGGUUUAUAUGAUAUACACCAGCACCAUGGCACUCCAAUACCGACAAUGAAUGGUAUUGGCAAGAGUGGUGAACAUCUCAUGUAUUUGAGUCAAGCAGGGAUGAUUGCACCUGGAACUAAUCAGUUUCUGCAACAAGGACAGAACCAACUUGGACUCACUCCUGUUGCUGCCAUUACAAAUCAGAUUGCACCUGCUGCAAAGAAAUUAUGGGAUAAAGGCCCUGGAGCAGGUGGGGACAGUAAGGGUCCACCGCACCUUCCUCCACUGCAACUAAAUCCUGAACAAAUGUGGCGUGAUCCAACCUGGUCUGCUCAAGCUGUGGAACACAAUGUUGGAGUACCUAUGAUGAACACACGUCGUGGUGUGACGUUCCCAGGGGGUGAUGCUGGCUGCAUUUUGUCUCCUCGCGACGCCGCUGGUUUGGGGGUGAAGAUGGUUGAAUAUGUACUUGGUGGAUCUCCAACAGAGGCCGGCGGUGUCGCAACUGGCGGUGGUGGUGAAAAAGUGGCCGGCGUUGUCGCUGGGUUGCGCGGUAUGGUUUUAGAGGAACGCCCUGAAGACAAAUCCGCCUCACCAUUUGAGAAAGAUCUACAUGAACUACAUGAGCAUGGCUCUUUGCCCAAUGGGCUUCACAAUGGACAAGAAGAUGACAAAGCUUUUAACCGCACCCCCGGGUCGCGGCAGCCGUCGCCGGCGGAGGAGGAGGGCGGCGUGGGCGGCGUGGGGGGUGUGGGGGGCGCGGCGGGGAGCACGGCCGCGGUCCGCAACGGAGACGCGGCCGCCUUCCCCCUGCUGCCGCCGCACGCGCUGCCGCAGCCGCAGCCGCAGCCGCUGCACCACCUGCAACACAUCUCGCAUCCACAGCAUCAUCCUGGGAUGUUAGGUGUAGCUCCGCUGCAGGGUUUACCGCACCCUCAACACCCACAAAUUCACCCUGGCAUGACUUUAAACGACUCUAUGAAUCAGCACAUUGAACUCGUUUUACAAAUGGAGCAGCAUCCACAGUUUGACAACAACAGUUUUGCAAGUACACAACAGUACGGCGGCGGCGUGGGCGUGGGCGGCGGCGUGGGCGCGGCGAGCGGCGGCGUGGGCGGCGUGGGCGCGGUGGGCGGCGUGGGCGCGGCCGCCGCCAGCCUCGUCAACGGCGCCUCCGUCGUGCAGCCCGCGCCAGACUCCGCGCAGCACCACCAACCCUUCGAUGUACAGCAAUUAUUCCGUUCACAACAAGCGGCGGCCGGGGGACAGGCGGCGGCGGCGCAACUACAACUCCUGCAGCAGCAGCAGCAGCAACAGUUUCAACUACAGCAACAGCUAGCCGCCCAACAAGCGUUCACACAAGCGCCGUAUGUGAUCAAUGCCGGUCAGGAGGGUGCGCCGUACGUUAGCGCGUUGAUCGCGGGUGUGCCACCACAGGCUUACUACGGUGUAGCCGCACCAUGGGGCAUGUAUCCGAGUCUGGUGGCGCAGCCGGCACAACAACAGGCGCAGCAGCCACGGCGGCCGCUGACUCCCCAACAGGGGGAGCAGCAGGUGAACGGACAGGGACAAUAUGUGAUUCCGUAUUACGAUGCCGGUUCGCUAGUAAUGAGCGGUCGGAACGGCACCCCCCUGCGGCUAGUGUCCCCGGGCGGGGUACUCGCGCAGCGACAAUACCAGCCGGCGCCAACACAUCCAGCAGCGACCGCAGCUCCGCCUGCGCCCGCGCAACCACAACCACAACAACCCCUACCUGGCGGUGGCGCAGCGCGGCGGGACUCUGUGGAGUUCGGUGGCGGAGGGCCCGCGGCCGCGCUGCAGGAGUACGCGCGCAAGUGGGGACCUUCGCCGCUGUCGCCCACGCUCGCGCCCGCGCUCGGUCCCGUCGGGCUGCGGCCCGUGUCCGCAGCGCCCGGCGCUGAGACCGCCAAGUACAGAGCUGUCAGCAGCUUAGCCCAAGGUCUCACGUCCAAUGGAAUGUUUGGAUCUUCAUCUUCGUUACUCAGCAAACUCAGCGGAGUGGGAACUAUCUCAGAGCUAGUGGGUGCGGGCGUAGGCGGCGUGGGCGGCGUGUCGGUGGGCGCGCUGGUGGCCGACAAGCCGCCCGCGGGUCGCUCGCGGCUCCUGGAAGACUUUCGCAACAAUCGUUUCCCCAAUUUACAACUCAGGGACCUGGCCAACCACAUCGUUGAAUUCUCACAGGACCAGCACGGCUCUAGGUUUAUUCAACAAAAAUUAGAACGGGCCACAGUUCAAGAAAAACAAAUGGUAUUUAAUGAAAUAAUUGGAGCAGCAUACAAUUUAAUGACAGACGUCUUUGGAAAUUAUGUUAUACAGAAAUUCUUUGAGUUUGGUACACCUGAACAAAAAACGACAUUGGCACAAAAAGUACGCGGACACGUGUUGGCGCUCGCGCUUCAAAUGUACGGGUGUCGAGUGAUACAGAAAGCGCUGGAGUCCAUCCCGGCGGAGCAGCAACAGGAGGUUGUUCGCGAACUUGACGGUCAUGUGCUCAAAUGUGUCAAGGAUCAGAAUGGAAACCAUGUUGUACAAAAGUGCAUCGAAUGUGUAGAGCCGGGUGCGCUGCAAUUCAUAAUAAAUGCGUUCGCGGGACAAGUGUACGCGCUGUCGACGCAUCCGUACGGCUGCCGCGUCAUACAGCGCAUACUGGAGCACUGCACCCCGGACCAGACCGCGCCCGUACUCAAUGAGCUUCAUGCGCACACCGAUCAACUCAUACAGGACCAGUACGGCAACUACGUAGUGCAGCACGUGCUGGAGCACGGCGCGGCGGAGGACCGGUCGCGGCUGGUGGCGGCCGUGCGCGGCAAGGUGCUGCAGCUCUCGCAGCACAAGUUCGCCUCCAACGUCGUCGAGAAGUGCGUCACGCACGCCACGCGCAACGAGCGCGCGCUGCUCAUCGACGAACUCUGCGGAUUCAAUGACAAUGCUCUGCACGUGAUGAUGAAGGAUCAGUACGCGAAUUACGUUGUACAAAAGAUGAUCGACGUAGCGGAGCCAACGCAGCGGAAGGUUCUUAUGCACAAGAUCCGACCGCAUAUCGGCUCGCUGCGCAAAUACACGUAUGGGAAACACAUCAUCGCCAAGCUGGAGAAGUUCUUUAUGAAAGCUCCGGAACUUGGACCUAUCGGUCCGCCGCAGCCCAAUCCAGUCCUGUAGUCUGUGUAAAGUAUUAUGACGUCCGCGGAUUUAGGCUGAUGCGACGGCGCGGGUGACCACGCCUAUUAUAAAUUUUGUGAAUAUUUGCGAUUGUACAUUUGUAACUAUAGAGCUCGUGGAGCCGACCGGUGGCGGCGCGCUGUCCGCGCACGAGUGUGACGGGACUGUAGCGGUGUACGAGCGUACUGAUGUACCGAAGUACCUAAGUACCGACGGACAGGUGUACCGAUGUACCGA